GAAAUAUUAACAAAAUAAUGGGACGAUUUUUAUAAAUGAAAAACAAUAGACUACAACUUAAGAACAGUUUCUGUACUGAUUCAGUGUAUAUUUACAGAUAGGAACUUGUCCUGAAGUAUCGAUGUUUCUGGGGAGUUUGUCGGUGUUACACCACGUUUAUGCUAACCGCGGGUUUUAGUCUUUAUUUGAGGAGCUAAUCUUGGCUAACUGCUAAGAGAUUGGUACGUUUCAUUCACAACAACGUAAACAACUAGAAUGUCACUUUGUUGUCCUUAAGAAGCCCGUCAAUCGUCAUGAAUCUAGACAGACUCCGGAAGCGUGUGCGGCACUACAUCGAUCAGCAACAAUAUCAAAGUGCUCUGUUUUGGGCUGACAAAGUAGCUUCUUUAUCACAUGAAGAUCCCCAAGACAUUUACUGGCUAGCACAGUGCCUUUAUCUUACAGCCCAGUACCACAGAGCCUCUCAUGCUCUAAGGUCUCGCAAACUUGACAAGUUAUACGGAGCCUGCCAGUAUCUUGCUGCAAGGUGCCAUUAUGCUGCCAAAGAAUAUCAGCAGGCCCUUGACAUACUAGACAUAGAAGAACCAGCAAGUAAAAAGUUACUUGAUAAGGGUCUAAAGGAGGAGAGUGGCACCAGAGAAACCACCAAAGAAUGGGAAAUGUCACCAGCAUCUAUCAGCAGUUCUAUCUGCCUCCUACGGGGGAAGAUCUAUGAUGCUAUGGACAACAGACCUCUAGCCACAUCCAGCUACAAAGAGGCCUUGAAACUAGACGUCUACUGCUUUGAAGCCUUUGACCUUUUAACAUCCCACCAUAUGCUGACUGCUCAAGAGGAAAGGGAUUUUUUGGAUUCUCUUCCUUUUAGCCAACAAUGUACUGAGGAGGAAGAGGAGCUGCUACGCUUUCUUUAUGAAAAUAAGUUAAAGAAGUAUAACAAGCCUAGUGAAAUAGUGGUUCCUGACAUAGUGAAAGGUCUUCAGGACAACUUGGAUGUAGUCGUCUCUCUUGCAGAGCGACAUUAUUACAACUGUGACUUUAAGAUGUGCUACACCCUCACGUCUACGGUAAUGGUCAAAGACCCAUUUCAUGCUAAUUGUUUACCGGUGCACAUUGGAACCCUAGUGGAGCUGAGCAAAGCAAACGAGUUAUUUUACCUCUCUCAUAAGCUGGUGGAUUUAUACCCCAAUAACCCAGUCUCCUGGUUUGCUGUUGGGUGUUACUAUCUGAUGGUUGGGCAUAAAAAUGAACAUGCACGGCGGUACCUUAGUAAGGCCACCACCCUGGAGCGUACAUAUGGGCCAGCAUGGAUAGCAUAUGGUCAUUCGUUCGCUGUGGAAAGUGAGCAUGACCAGGCCAUGGCAGCUUACUUCACAGCCGCCCAGCUAAUGAAAGGGUGUCACUUACCCAUGCUGUAUAUUGGUCUGGAGUACGGCCUCACCAAUAACCCAAAGUUAGCAGAGCGCUUUUUUAGCCAGGCUCUGAGUAUCGCUCCAGAGGACCCAUUCGUCAUCCACGAAAUUGCUGUGGUGGCCUUCCAGAAUGGAGACUGGAAGACAGCAGAGAAGUUGUUUAUAGAUGCACUGGAGAAGAUAAAGGCUAUUGGCAGUGAGGUCACUGUGGACAAAUGGGAACCAUUGUUAAACAAUCUAGGUCAUGUGUGCCGAAAGCUAAAGAAGUAUGAGCAAGCUUUGGAAUACCACCGUCAGGCUCUAGUCCUUGUGCCCCAGCAUGCAUCUACCUACUCGGCUAUUGGCUAUGUGCACAGCCUUAUGGGGGACUUUGAAAGUGCCAUUGACUAUUUUCAUACUGCACUUGGUCUUAAAAGGGAUGACACAUUUUCUGUGACAAUGCUCGGCCACUGUAUUGAAAUGUAUAUUGGUGACUCUGAUGCAUAUAUAGGAACAGAAAUCAAGGACAAAGUAAAGACGAUCCCAAGCACAACAGCCUUAAAGAAGAUACUCAGUACUUCAGCUGAAGAGAGUGAGACUCAAGCGCAGCCUCUGGAGGAGAGCAGUGCCAUGUCUAUGGAGGCGCCACCUGCAGAAGCCUUCCAGCGCUUCCUCUUAGAAUGUGACUUGCACGAGAGUGACAUGAUACUAGAAACGUCCAUGUCUGACGCUAGCACGUGAUGACUGUGGUAAACCUAAGUGUUGAUGGGUUCUGGAAAGAAUGGCGAGUAUUUUCAAAUGACUGAGCUGCUCUGAGGAAGACCUCAUAUAAACCAACAAAAUCUAUGGUGAAUUUGUAUUUUGCACCCAUGUGGAUUUUUAUUACGAAUAAAUAUGCUGAGCUGAAUGCAAAGGGGUUUCAAAGGGAUAAAAGUCACUUUCUACAAUAAACCCUCUCUCAAUAUUUUUA